GUAUUGGAGCUGAACAUUUCAACCAAUCAGAGCUAAGAAAGAUGAGACGCUUGGUAUUAACGUCAUAUCCGAUAAAAACAAACGGCGCGCGGUCUGUAUGUCUGUUCGGAGUGAAUAAAGUAAAAUCUGAUGGGUUUCGCUCUGUUUUGUUCCAUAUUUUUGUCGGAAACUGUAUGGCAGACGCUGACACUGUGUAUCAUAUUGUGAUUUGACAUGUUAUUAUAUUCCACUGAAGGACUCGUAUUUAUGUUGUCCUGACCGCCUCCGGUGGCUGCUGUCAUCAUGUCCCAGACCAACACUUCUCUCCUGGAUGAGGUGGUGCAGUGGAGCCCGGAAACCUGCCGCCAGCAGCUCAAGGAUGUCCUACCCAAACUCAACUCAUUGCAUAAUAAGUCAGAGAGUUGGGAUGAACAUAUACGUAUACUGAAGAUAAUUACGGAAAUGUUCCUGCCUCAUAUUAAUUUGUCAGAGGUUGAGGAUGAGUGCUUUUCCAAGAUCUUGCCUAAGGCAGUUACAGUGUUUGACAGCAUGAUGAAAGAAAUAUCAGAGCAGGUUGGAGAGCUGUCCAGUCAAAACACAGAAGUAUGUGCUUUACUACGGAAUAUUCUGCAGGCACUGAUGCAGAUAAUUGAUUCACUCUCCGCUUGUGUGCGUCAUGUUGGUUCGUUUGAGGAGGCUCUGUAUCUGGACGCUAUCCGCUCGUUACCAGCCUACAUCCUGAGAGUCUUGAGGGAUACGUUUCAACAUUGUAAAGAUAGUGAAGUGGUUUACUGUGGCCGUCUGUCUCUAGUGGCUGACCUACUGCAGGCUCUUUUCAAGGGGGCUUACUCCCUUCAGAAAAGCCUGCUGGAGCUGCUAGACAGGAUUUCCCUGGAUAGUAGUGCCUCAGAAGAGGAAGUCUCUGACAUUGUAACAGUUAUUCACAGCCUGCUGGAUAUCUGCUCCAUUAUAUCCAACCUGGACAUCGCACUGCAUGCAAACACUUGGAAAUUCCUCAUCAAACAUAGUCUGAAGUAUCAGUCACUGGUGGAAGAACAUCUGCAUCAUGGAGACAUCAGCAACAGCUUGUGUGAAAACCUCUUGACUUCUUUCAACAACUGUCUGGAGCUUGCUGAACAGAUAAAAAUUUCUGGAUUGCAGGAGGCAACACAAAGUGCAGAGCACAAGCUGUUCCAGAAAAGUGCAAAGAUGUGCAGAUUUUUUGCAAACACUCUGGUUCAUUACAUAAAGGAAUUCAAAUUUUUUAUGACAAAGUAUUGCAGCUGCUUUCAUCAACUCUACCUCCAGAUUGUCAGUAAAUUUCCUCCAAGCUUGUGUUCCCCAACGCUGCCCACUGCUUUGUCUGAGGAGCUGAAUGUGGCGGUUUUGAUCCACAUGGAUGCCCUCUUGCUGCAGCUGUUGCCUUUAAGAGCCUUUGCUGAAACUGUCCUACAACAAGGCCUGCGGCUAAGCCCAGAGAAUGACCUUCCUCACUGCCUUUUGCUGGUGAGUGCCUUGGAUCAGCUGACCUCCCAACCAGAGGAGGUGCAACUGCUUUGGUACACUGGCAGCCAGUUCUCAGAGGAGACACCCAGGGUUCCUCUCUACCAGGCUGUAAUCACUAGUUUCCAACGUUGCUACGCUGAACGAAGGGUUCCGGUGGUGUUGCCAGGGGUGAUGAUGAAGGGUCAAGCCCAGGUGCAGGUCACUCUACACCAACAUGUUUGUGUGCACCUCUGUGCCAGUGUGGCUGCACUUCCCCCAGUCUACCUCCCAGUGCUGGAGCGAUGUUUGGUCAGUGCUGUGCUGCAGGCCGAUUCUCAAACAGCUCUGUUGGCAACAGAUGUUUGGUGCUUUACAGCCCGGUAUGGAACGGCAGAGCUGUGUCUACGCCAUGUCCUCCUUAUUGCUCAGCUGGUAAAGAGUUGCACCACUGAGAGCUACCAGUCAUCCUACCUGGGCCUGCUGCUCAGACGCAUGGUUUUCCUUAUGACACCAAGUCAUCAGAUGGAGUUUGUGACACAUUUCCCACCAUCGGAGGUGGACAACCUAGCAGUGUGGAAACAUGUCCUGCUCAGAGCUCUUUCACAUGAUGCCCGUCACAGAGUGGAAACCAGUGUUUUUGCCCUCUCUCAGAAAGCUGUGACCGACUGGCAGAAUGGAGGGUACAAACUGGGACAAGUGGACAAAGUGAAUGCAGUACUGUUAUCCCUCCUAGUGGUGGUUCGAGGACAGUCCUCUCCAGAGGACCAGUGUGUCCAGUCUGCAGGGAGGAUCGUCUCACAGCUCUGGUGUCGAAUGAGUCCAGACCAGGUGAAGACCCACCCUGUGCUCCAGUGUACUCUGCAGCUGCUCCUCUCAAUAACUGCAAAUGUAGUGAAAAACAUUGAACCUCAGGUUAUUUGUCAGGCCCUGCUCUGUGUGGAAGCUGUGGUGUCUCUUAAGAGUGUGGAUCAGCUGCUGUUGGCUGCUCUGGACUUCCUGUCCUCCCUGGGGAAGACCUUUGUCCCUCCUGACAGUCAGAGUCAAAUUCUGCCAAGGCUCAGUAGUCUGUUUGGGGUACUACUAUCCCACUCAUCCUGGCUGCUCCAUCAUCAUGCCCUAGAGGCCUUCUCUCAGUUUGCAGAGAGCACAAAUCAUGAGGAAGUCAUUUCCCAGAGUUUGUGUGUAGAGGAAACCAAGACCAAGGUGGUGAACUAUCUUAGUAAGACUGUGAAUGCACAGGAAGACGUCACAUCUCGACUUGAGAGGCUCAAGAUGGAAUCGUCAGUGAUGGAACAAUUCAACGAGAAGAUGGAGAAGAGCGAAGAACAUAGCUCUGACAAUAUGGCUACUGAAGCUGUUGAUGAAACAGAGCCAUGUCCAAAGAGAGCUCGGCAGGAGACGGGUGCAGAAGAAGAGUACAGCCGCUACAUCCAGACAGCUGAGAGUGCUCUGAAAGCCCUUCAGGUUCUCCUCGAGGGUAAAUCCAGCACAGCUGCUCCGCCUCCUGAGUGGCUGGAAUUCAGACUCCAGGAGCUGCAGACCCUCAUUACACACAUCAGCACAGUAAAACACACAGCAUGGCGAUAGCAGCCUCAGUCUGUUUCAGACAGAAAUGUUUAUUCUGUACCUUUUAAAUAUUGUGUUGAUACUGUUUAUUAAACUUUAAUAUAAA